AUGAUGCAGUAUCGUGGCGUGAUACAGUAUCGUGGAGUGGUACAGUAUCGUGGAGUGGUACAGUAUCAGAAAUUUAAUCGACCAAAGAGUGAGAAGAAAAAGGAGAAAUUCGGUCGAGGAAUAACCUUAUUCUCAAAAGUGAAGAAACAGGUCGAAGAGCGAUCGGAGACGGCUCGAGCUUCGGAAACGCCGAAUAAAAAGCUGUCAGACGAUGGG